CAGUGAAAGUGUCACGUGACUUACCUGCUGGCGUCCUCGCGUGUGCGUGUUUCUGCGAACGCGAUUUUAGCCGAGUUUAGCUACUUUUCGAGACGGGUGACGCAACCGAGUGACGUAAGCGCGCUCCCGCCAGGGGGUGCAUAAUUCGGCACAACACCCUCCCUGCUUGCAAGUUCGCCCUCAUUUCAGCGCACAGUCGGUCCUCCUCUCCUCGCAGCAUCACCGCCUUCAAACUGCAGCUAUGGCGGAACCCUCAGCACCGGAUUCGACGGACAGGGCCGGGCCAACCUCCCCAGUCCCGGUCCUGUCCCCCGCGCUCAGUCCGGGCUCGGAGCCCGCGUCCAUGGCCCUAUCCCCGGCCACGGACGGCUCCCAGCGGCUGCUCUUCUCCCACGACUUGGUCUCCGGCAGGCACCGAGACUCUGUCCGCUUCGGCCUGGUGCGGAUGAUCCACGGCGAAGAGGACUUCACCUCGGACUCGGACCUCGAUGACGGCGGAGGGAGAGUCGGGGGUGGAGGCGGAGGCGGACGUGUCCCGGGAAGCUCGGACACAGACAGCGCGGUGGGCAGUCGGCCUUUGGGUCGUGGAGUGGUCCGUGUCCAGUGGUACCCCGAUGGCGGCACUCAGGACAUGAAGGAAACAAAGCUGAAACUUGAAGACCGAUCCAUCGUGAUUCGAGAUAUUGUUCGGCGGAAUAAUUCGAACGACAACCAGUGUGGCAUUGUGACCGACACUGACAUCCAGUGUGCAGUGAAGCUCGUGGGGACAAACUGUGUCUUGUAUCCUGUCAAUAGCAGAGAGCUGCAGCACAUCUGGUCGUUCAUGUACGGUGACUAUAUAGCCUAUGACUUCUGGCUGGGGAAAGUGUACGACCUGACCAAUCACAUCAUCCUCAAGCUCUCCAACGGAGCCAGGUGUUCCAUGAGCGUGGAGGAUGGCGCCAUGCUGUACGACGUCAGUCCUCAUAUCAGCGAUUCGGGUCUAUUCUUUGAUGAGGCGUACGGCUUCUACCCAGGCCAGGUCUUGAUAGGUCCUGCUAAAUUAUUCUCUAAUGUCCAUUGGCUGUCUGGUGUCAAACCCGUCCUUAGCAGGAAGUGCAAGUUCAGGGCGGUGGUGGAAGAGGUAAAGGUGGAGGAGCUGAAGGUGACGUGGAUCACUAAAAGCUACUCCCCAAAAGGCUCUGACAGCAUCUAUCCUCCUCCUGGCACCAUCACCCAGGAGAAUCUUUGCAGGGUAAAGCGCCUUGGCUACUACGACCACACCCAGAGACAGCUUGGAGAGAGGGCACUUUACGUGUUCCCUGCCAAGGGGGACGCCACACGCAUCUCAUUUGAAGGGCCUGAAGGAGCCCAUGUCCUGUCCGAGGAUCCCGUGGUCAGAAAGUUGAAAAUAAUUUUAAAGAAGGAUUCCGGGAAGAAGACGGAGAAUGUUGAUGCACAAGGCGAGCACCAAUCAGAACAAACGGACUGCUGCCAUCACAACAGUAAUGGCCCUGUUGAACCCAACCCGAACCCCCUUGAUCCCCAAAACACACAUGGCGCCACUGCAGAACACUGGGAACAGGACGCAGAUGACGAAGCAGCAGAAGACACUGAUGAUACCAGCUCUCUGACGUCGUCGGCCAGCUCCACAGCCUCCUCUCAAAGCGGAGGCCUGGGAAGCAACCGCAAAAAGAGCAUCCCGCUGUCAAUCCGCAACCUGAAGAGGAAGCACAAGAAGAAGAGGACCAAAUUCUCCCGCGAGUUCAAACCCGGAGACUGCGUGGCUGUGGAAGUUGUAUCUACCAAGACAACAGCUGAUGUGAUGUGGAAGGACGGGCAGGUGGAGAAGGGGAUCAGAUCCAACGACCUCAUCCCCAUCCAGCACCUUGAUAGCCACGAGUUUUGUCCUGGUGACUUUGUUGUGGACAAACGACCCCAAGGCCUCCAGGACCCAGGGGUAUACGGCGUGAUCCAGUCCGGCGACCACAGGGGUAGAACGUGCAUCGUCAAGUGGAUUAAGCUCAAUGCCACCAGUGAUGAUGUGGAGGUUAUCGGUGUGGAGGAAGACGUCAGCGUGUACGACAUAGCUGAUCACCCUGAUUUCCAUUUCCGCACCACCGACAUUGUCAUUAGAAUAUGGAACUCUGAAGACGGCGAGAACGAGUGUGGAAAUGAGACAUCAGUUGGCCAAGUGUCCAGGGUGGACGUCAACAGCAAAGUGGAAGUAGUGUGGGCAGACAACUCCAUGACCAUCGUCCUCCCACAGCAUCUCUAUGGCGUAGAGUCCGAGAUGGAGGAGACGGACUAUGACUCUGUGGAGGAGACCAGCAGCGGCUUGUCCACCGAGGAGUGGGAGGAUGAGAGCGACAGCUGGGAGACGGACAACGGCCUCACCACGGAAGACGACAGCCACGUCAACGAUAUGGACGUCACGGAGACGUCGACCCCCGUCCCCCUCGACUCCUCCAUGUUCAUCAUUCCCCCUCCAGAGGGCGGCAAAGCCAGCAGUCCCACCAAAGCAGUGGAGGACCAAGUAGCCGUGGCUAGUGCUACUUCUGGAGGAGGAAGCACUCCAGCAGGAGCCGUCAACGGAGCUGAGAAGACCAGCAAGGACUAUGCUUCUCGGGGCUUCAGGGAGAUAAAGGAGGCCCUGAAGAUCCUGGAGAGCCUGAAGAACAUGACCGUGGAGCAACUCUGGACCAGCGUCUCUCCGACGUCCCCUACCUCAAUCGAACCGGCUUCGGCGGCGAGUUCGGCGCCGCCCUCGGCCCCCGAGAAGCCCACCAAGGAGAAGCGCUUCCUGGACGACAUCAAAAAGCUCCAGGAGAACCUGAGAAAGACGCUGGAUAACGUGGCCAUCGUGGAGGAGGAGAAGAUGGAGGCCGUGGUGGAAGCAGGUGGGGGUGCAGGCGCAGGGCCGCAGAAGGAGAAAGGCGGAGAGGAGAAGCCCCACCCUGAGCCUCAGACGCCGGUGGGUGGACAAGAGUGGCCCAGUGACUUUCUGAGUGACACACCUGUACUGUGCCAACAGAGUGGCGGCAAACCUGGCGUCACCUUUACCAGUGCCAAAGGCGAAGUGUUCUCUGUGCUGGAGUGGGCACCGGACACUCAUUCCUUUCACAAAAUGGAAUUUCAGCCAGCCGAGGCUAAGAAGUUCUUCAGUACUGUCAGGAAGGAAAUGGCUCUGCUGGCGACGUCGCUGCCCGACGGCAUCAUGGUCAAGACUUUUGAGGACCGCAUGGACCUGCUGUCAGCGAUGGUCAAGGGGCCCACUCGGACGCCGUACGAGGACGGCUUGUUCCUCUUCGACAUCCAGCUGCCCAACAUUUACCCGGCCGUGCCGCCUCUCUUCCGCUACUUGUCUCAGUGCAGCGGCCGCCUCAACCCCAACCUCUACGACAACGGCAAGGUGUGCGUCAGUCUGCUGGGCACCUGGAUCGGCAAGGGCAAUGAAAGAUGGACCAGCAAGUCCAGUUUGCUCCAAGUCCUCAUCUCCAUACAAGGUCUGAUCCUGGUCAACGAGCCCUACUACAACGAGGCCGGCUUCGACAGCGACCGCGGCCUCCAGGAAGGCUACGAGAACAGCCGGUGCUACAACGAGAUGGCCCUGAUCAAAAUGGUCCAGUCCAUGACUCUGCUCCUGCAGCACCCGGUGGAGGUCUUCCAACAGGAGGUCCAGGAACAUUUUCUUUCCAACGGAUGGCGGCUGGUCCACCGGCUGGAGGCGUGGCUGGAGCUGCACGACGCCGCCGAGAGGAGUCAUGUGGCGGCGUCCUCCCGGGGUCACCAUGCUAAGGCGGAGCAGCUUCCUGUGGCCCACAGCAGCCCCAAGAAGCCCGGGCUCGGGCCCAGUAUCUUGGAGGAGGAGCUGGAGGAUUCAGGACUGAGCCCUUCCACCUCUCAGCAGGAGGUCAGCCACAUCUCAGACAAGGAGAACAAGGACCACGCCGGCCAAUCUGUUUCCGCCGCCAGCGAUGCGGGGCCGGUGGUGCGACCCAAGAAACGGAGAAAGAGCUACCGCAGUUUCCUCCCGGAGGGCAGCGGCUACCCGGACAUCGGCUUCCCGCUCUUCCCGCUCUCUAAAGGCUUUGUGAAGAGCGUCCGCGGCGUGCUGCUGCAGUAUCGAGCUGCGCUGGUGGCCGCCGCCAUCCCCGAUCGCGCCGAGGACAAUGCCGCGCGCAGAGAAAAGGACCUAGCCCGCCCUGGAGGAAGCCUCACCUGCAGCGCAGACAGGUAACCACACAGGUGUUGUCGUGACCGAGCAGAAAACAAACCGUGCCAUGAAUCCUGAUCCACCUCAUGAGGAGGCCAUGUUUUUAAAGCCGCUGCCACUUUGUAGCACUACUGACACCAUCCCGCACUUACCUGUCACGCCCCCUUUUUUUCCCCAUGCUUUCUGCCAAAUCCCACACUCAAAAUGUAGUGAAUGUCAUCAAACUGCCAACUGCUUCUCCAUUGCUUCCACCACACACGCUGAAGCACGCAGCAAACAGUGUGCACACUGCACUUAUGCUGGAGUUCACUCCCAAUCCUCAUGUGAGACCACAACACAUCUUUCUUAGUUCUCACUAGCAAUGGAGGUCACGGAAGUCGCUCUAUUCUGCCUAUAAAGCGCUGUAAAUCUAUAUAGACACUAAGUAUAUGUGUCAUGCAGUAACGGCCACAUUUAUAAUGACAUUUCAUAUUUACCUAUUUUGCUCAUUUGAAGCAUAUUCAUUUCAGACACUUCACAUUUUCUUUUCCCUUGGACAACAAACACUGAGCGUCAUGUCGCGGUAUUGCCAAGUGCUAAACAAGAAAUACGAACAAAAUAAAACACUUACUGUACAAUGUCGGCUCGCACCGGGAUGUUUCUAUGUCUCCGUUUAGAUGAAGAAUUAAUCAUAAAUUAUCAUCAAAGAAAGUCAAACUUGACCAACUUCUCGGUUUAUGGCCACAAUCUUCUUCUACACGAGUAAAAGGCAUGAUUUAUAAUCUACAAUUACCUUUCACCAACUCGGAGGCAAUGCAGCAGCUCACCACUAGCACUCUGGGAUCACAGCUUAUAAAACAAAUAGUGCUAAUACUUGGCUACUAUGACAUGUAAAUGGAGUAUUGUUGGAUGUUUUUUAGAGGGCUUGAGGCCUACUUGCAUAAAAAAGAAAAAUGUGUUCUUGUCCUACAUAAGGAUUGAGAAUUCUCAGCACAAUUCCAAAAAAAAAAGUGCAGUUCCCCUUCAAGGUUCACUUUUUAUAUCAUGGCCGCUCCAUCACUGCAACCACCUUAAAUAAGACAACCUCCCACUCUAUUGUCUCAUUGAUAUGUUGCCUUACUUGGGGGAGGGGGGGAAGAUCUUGUACAGGAAAAAAAAAAAGAAAGUCCCACCAUAUCCACCUUGUUGCCAGUGUAGAGUUUUGUAUGCAUCCCCCUUCAAAGUGCAUGAAAGUACUCGCUCCUACCCCGCCCGGGACAGAAGGGGGAAUGACAGUCCUAAGUUGAUGCUGUCGUUUACUGUCAACCACAAAAGUGAGACUUGUGCUUCCUCGGGAGUCUUUUGUUUACAUGGCUUUUCUUUUUAAACAACAACAAACCGCUUUCCAUCUCACUUGCUUUCGCUGAUGCCGCCGUGCUUGUAAAAAAUGCCGUGUGUGAGCUCGCUAGACUUGAGGUCUUCCACACACACACACACACACACACACACACACACACACACACACACACACACACACACACACACACACACACACACACACACACACCUCUUCAGCCAUCAGGCCGCCGGGGUUGCGACUUGCUAUUUUGCUGCAGAGGAAGCGGCUGAAGCUCUGAAAGCAAGAAGACGUUGCUAGCGCGCCAUGUUGUGUGAGAAAUGUGCCGAGCCGCAUCCCGCCAAAGCAUGUGACAUGUUGCUUUAACUCCUUUGAAGACUUGACUGCGCACAUCUCCACAGUGGCCUGCUACACACACAUGUAUAGAAAGUAUGAUGACCCAGUGCCCAUGUCAGGGAUGUAUUGCAAUGCAUACAGGAGAUGAUUAUAUUCUAAGAUGUGUACAAAAUACCACUGAUGUCAUUUUCUUCUUUUUUUAAUUUUAAUUGCUUUUUUUUGUGUUGAAAGAGUUGUAUUAUAAUGUAUUAAACAUUGCAAGCAGUACCUUA